CAGGCGCAGAAGAGAGUCCAGGAGACGCCGGAGCUCCGGGGGCGUAGAGAAAAUGGCGGAGUACGUGCAGGUGAUGAAGAGGGCGCUGCAACAGCUCGGUGGACAUGGCGGCAUUCGUGGCGCUAUGUGGCAGCUGCUCAGGGUCAAUGAUCUGAAGAUUGGUACUCUAGUAGGGACAGAUAAGUAUGGAAACAAAUACUAUGAAGACAACAGGUUCUUUUUUGGUCGUCAUCGGUGGGUCAUCUAUACUGAUGAAAUGAAUGGCAAGAACACAUACUGGGACUUAGAUGGAAGCAUGAUACCUCCUGAAUGGCAUCGUUGGAUUCACUGUAUGACAGAAGAGCCCCCAACAACACAUCCACCAGUGAGUCGUAAAUUCAUUUUCCAGAAUCAUAAAAUAAAUGAAAGUGGUACUCCUAGACAGUAUGUACCAUACUCUACAACCCGUAAGAAGAUACAGGAGUGGGUUCCACCAUCUACGCCUAGCAAGUGAAAGAAAAAGAACAUGGUGAUUUAUAAAGAAAAGUUUGUUGGUGUGUAUCUAUCUUUAUUUAAAAUAAAGGCUUUGAUUAAAAAUAUUUUGAAAUCAAAAUAUUGAUGGGAGCUAGUUGAGUAAUGGAUGGGCAGAAACAGAAUAUAUAAUAUGUUGUAAAACAGUAAAGGACAGGAAGGCUUGGCGCGAUAUGAUUCAUGGGGUCACGAAGAGUCGGACAUGACUUAAUGACUGAACAACAACAAAAACAGUAAAUGUUUGUGGAAUAUUUUCGUAGAAUUGAGAGUCUGGUAGAAUCCAGUGGCAUCAAUUACAAAAUAUUGUCACAUAUAUUUCUAAUAUAAUAGAUUUACUAACCAGUAUUUAAAUAAAUUAGAUUUUGAGACUGCCCAACUCCUGGGAUUCUGGGAGGCCUACAAUUAAAAGAAAACAAUAUAUAUCAAACAAGAAUACAGUUGAUCACGCACACACUUCCAAGGCCUAGGAAAACACCCCAAGUUUUCAACAGUUUACAUAAAGUCACUAAGGGGAAGUAGUAUAGAUCUCUGAGAGGAUGUCAUUCCAGAAGAUGGAUGGGGCUGCCAUUGAGAAGACACACUUCCUGUUUGAUUGACAGGACCUGGAAUGUGCCUACUUGAUUUCAUCAGAUGGGUGAAAACAUGGAAUAAUGGAUGUUUAUCCAUAUUGUCAUUAUAGGAUAUAUAAAUUAUUGGAUAUAUAAAUCAGAUGCAGAAAAAGUUCAAGUCACACAACGUGCAAUGGAAAAACUAAUGCUAAAGUUCUUACCCAGAGAUUGAAUCAGAAGUGAGGAAUGUCAACUAUGGACUAACUUCAAACAUGUCAUGAAAAUAGUAUUGAAACAAAUAUAAAUGGGCAGGACACUGAGAUAACCUCCUACAAAAUAGAAAGAUGGACCACAGAAAAAUAUCUUGGUUCCAUCUGAAACAACAUAGCAAGCGUACCUAAUGAAAUAUAAAUGUCUGAUGAAUGUCAUAUAUUAACACUAUCUGGGUGAAUACAAUAAAGUGAAAGUAUAUAGAAGGUUUAAAUUAAUAGUACAGUCUAAUAAGAAAUCAGUCAUUUUGUUUCUUUUUUGAUAUGAUCUGGAAACAGUAUAACUGUUAUAUCGUUCAGUGCAGGAUGUUGUGAAGUGCUGCAAAUUAACAUCCUUUUGAGAUUUGUCUAAAGGACAAGCAACAGUGUAAAAAUGGUGAACUUCAAUUGUGUAUUGGUAAUGUCAGUAGUAUAUUCUAAACAUAACUAGUAAUAAUCAAAUUCUGAGCUGCAAUAGUUUUUACAUCAAAACUGAUCAAAUAAAUGAAUAUGUCAGAUAUUG